AAGAAAGGGGGAUGGGGAACCAGCGUCCGGUCCGUCGGCGCAGACGGCUCUGCCAAACCUCCGACUCCCCCAGUCCCGCCGCCGCCGAGCGCCCUACAGGGCGAGAAGGGAAGUCCACGAAGUGUUGGAGCAGAGGGGAGAAAAUUCAAAACGAGUCUACUCAACCUCGUCUUGGCUCCGAGGCCCCGCCAUGGAGACCAGCACAGUGCGCAGGCGCGCCCCUCUGGGAGUGCGCAGCGCAGUUGCUUGAGAUAAGACCACUAUCAGCCACCGUCGCGUGUUUCCUUUCUGAUUCGUUCUUUUUUUCGUAUCCCCGCCUCUCACCUGGAUCUAAAGCCUGAAGCUAGUGGCGAGAGCCCAAGAAAAAUCUCGUCCUGAAAGGCCAAAGCGCCGGUUGUCUGUUACCCAUACGUUUCUGUAGGCAAGCCAUGGCUCAGCUCCAGACACGCUUCUUCACUGACAAUAAGAAAUAUGCGGUGGAUGAUGUUCCUUUCUCGAUACCUGCAGCCUCUGAAAUUGCUGACCUUAGUAACAUCAUCAAUAAAUUGCUGGAGGCCAAAAACGAGUUCCACAAACAUGUGGAGUUUGAUUUCCUUAUCAAGGGCCAGUUUCUGCGAAUGCCCUUGUUCAAACACAUGGAACUGGAAAACAUCUCAUCCGAAGAGGUUGUGGAACUAGAGUACGUGGAGAAGUAUACUGCACCUCAGCCAGAACAAUGCAUGUUCCAUGAUGACUGGAUCAGUGCGAUCGACGGGGCAGAGGAAUGGAUCUUGACUGGUUCUUAUGAUAAGACUUCUCGGAUCUGGUCCUUGGAAGGAAAGUCAAUAAUGACAGUUGUGGGACAUACAGACGUUGUAAAAGAUGUGGCCUGGGUGAAAAAAGACAAUUUGUCUUGCAUACUGCUGAGUGCCUCUAUGGAUCAGACUAUUCUCCUAUGGGAGUGGAAUGUAGAGAGAAACAAAGUGAAAGCCCUGCACUGCUGCAGGGGUCAUGCUGGCAGUGUGGAUUCUAUAGCUGUUGAUAGCACAGGAACCAAAUUUUGCAGUGGCUCCUGGGAUAAGAUGCUAAAGAUUUGGUCUACAGUCCCUACAGAUGAAGAAGAUGAAAUGGAAGAAUCCACAAGUCGACCGAGAAAGAAACAGAAAACAGAGCAAUUGGGACUAACAAGAACUCCCAUAGUGACCCUCUCUGGCCACAAGGAAGCAAUAUCCUCGGUUUUGUGGUCAGAUGCUGAAGAAAUCUGCAGUGCAUCUUGGGACCACACAAUUAGAGUGUGGGAUGUUGAGUCCGGCAGUCUUAAGUCAACUUUGACAGGAAAUAAAGUGUUUAAUUGUAUCUCCUAUUCUCCACUUUGUAAACGUUUAGCAUCUGGAAGUACAGAUAGGCAUAUCAGACUGUGGGAUCCCCGAACUAAAGAUGGUUCUUUGGUGUCGCUGUCCCUAACCUCCCAUACAGGCUGGGUCACGUCAGUCAAGUGGUCUCCUGCCCAUGAGCAGCAGCUCAUUUCAGGCUCUUUAGAUAACAUGGUUAAGCUGUGGGAUACGAGAAGUUGUAAGGCUCCUCUCUAUGAUCUGGCUGCUCAUGAAGACAAAGUUCUGAGUGUAGACUGGACAGACACAGGGUUACUUCUGAGUGGAGGAGCAGACAAUAAAUUGUAUUCCUAUAGCUAUUCACCUACGACUUCCCAUGUGGGCGCAUGAAAGUGAAUGAUAAAUUUGGCUACAGAGAUUCCUUCUGUAAAUGAAAUUGAUAGAGAAUUCUCAGAUUACAUCAAUGCAGGUGCAGGAAGCAGCCUUUUAGAUUAAAGUUUAUAUACUAUUUCACCCUUGAUGAUAGUUAUCACUGUCUUUUUCUUUAUUGUGUAUUUAUUAUACAACAGUUAUGUUUAUUAAAUGUAAAAUAUGGUCUGCAUUCUCUACCUUAUGAAAACCCUUGAAAUUAAACUGAGUUUUUAAUUUCUCUUUUAAAGGUAUUAGUU